CUGGGAGUUGAAGUCCGCCAGGCGUAAAGUUGCCGAGGUUGCAGACGCCUGUUCUAAAGCAACCAAGCCGUGGCAUUUGAACGGAGAGAAUGUGUGAGUCGCAUUCGACCUGCCAUCCGUCCUCCAGCGUCUCGGCGCUUCGCUCGCAAAAGCCCUGAGGAAGAAGUUGCACCGAGAAAGCCGGCGGAGGGCGCUAACGUCUGGGGGCGGCCGCCCUCGCCUCUGCGUCAGAAGAGCCGAAGGGCUGCGUGCGUGCGAGGACGGGACGUGUCUUCUCCGAGACGGGGACGCUACCAAAUCCUGGCCUUUACGAGAGGAAGCCCCUUCAACCGCCGGAAGAGCGGCGGCCCCGGGAGCCGCUCCAGAUCCGACCCGGGUUCUGUUCCAACUGCGGGAGGGAACGAGGAAUCUUUUAAUCUAUUAAUAGGAUAGCAUUGCACAAAUAUGGACAGAAAUCCUUCACCCCCCUCAAGUGAUUCAGAGGAGGAAGACGUGGCUGCUGGGGAUUCCAUUGGAAAUACAGUUUACAGCAAACACUGGCUGAUUGGUGUGCUUGAGAAAUUAAUUGAGGAUACUUCAAAACUGAACAAUGAAGAAGAACAAAUGGAACUAGAUGAAGAGAUGGAAAAUGAUAUUUGCAAAGUAUGGGACAUGUCAAUGGAUAAGGAUGUUGCUUUAUUUUUACAAGAAUUUAAAGCCCCUGACAUAUUCAUGGUUUUUCUUGCAAAGUCCAAAUGUCCACGACUUACUGAAAUCUGUGUAGGUAUUCUGGGAAAUAUGGCUUGCUGCCAAGACACGUGCAUAUCUAUUAGUAAAGAUGAGAACCUGGGACAAGUAAUGCUUCAUCGUUUAUGUGAUUCUGAUUCCCCGACUCUGCUUGAAACAAGCAGAUUACUGUUGACUUGCCUCUGUCAAUCUGAAGUGGCUAAUAUAUGGGUGGAGAGAAUCAAACAAAGUCUGUCCGUCUAUAACUGUUUCUGCUUUAUCAUGUCUAGUUCUACAAAUGUGGACUUGCUGGUGAAAGUGGGUGAAGUGGUUGAUAAAUUGUUUGAUUUGGAUGAAGAAUUAAUGAUAAACUGGAUUAAAAAAGAUUCUUGUCCAUCAGCGGAACAGCCCACAGAUGAUUCUCCAGAUGAUGUUCCUGAUUUUAAAAUUCUACCUUGUCUGCUUGAAGCUGCAAAACAAGUUUGCUCAGAUAACAAUUCUGAAGGACUUGAAGUUUAUAUGCAUAUUCUACAGCUGCUCACUACAGUGGAUGAAGGCAUUCAAACAAUUGUCAAAUCUUCUGAUAGAGGAAAGGAAACAUGGAGCUUGCUGUAUAAUCUCUUUUGCAAUGAACUCUGCCAGCCAGAUGAUCCACCAAUUAUUGUUCAAGAACAGAAGACCCUAUUGGCUUCUAUUUUAUCUGUGCUAUCAGCCAUUUUUGCUUCACGGACAGAUCAGGACUAUGUCAAGAUGGGAAAGAAUCUGGCUCUGAUUGACAGCGUGAUUAGAGUGUUACAAAAUAUGGAUGAAUGUGAGAAGAGAUCUGUAGACAGCGCAAAGAAAUCCCAGACAGAAGAGUGUGAGAAAUUGGAAGUAGUUGAUGAAGAUUUCCAUUUAAAAAUCUUGAAGGACAUCUGUUGUGAAUUACUCUCCAAUAUGCUCCAGGAAUUAUCAGAGGAAAAUAUAUUGGAGGGGCUCAAGCAAGGUCAUAUAAAUGAAGAGAAAUGCUCCUGUGCAUUUCAAAAUCUCCUUCCUUUUUAUUCAUCUUCGGUGGAGAGUUUUCUUGAAGUGCUGCAUGGAGCAGAUCAGACUCUUGCUGACAACUUGAGUAAAAGCUUCCCAAGUUUGAAACUCCAGGCAUAGGUCCAUGUGUCUGUUUUGCUGCAAGGAGACUGUGUAUAAUUUGUUUCCCUUUGAAGAAAGCAAUGAGUGAAGAAUUUCAAGCAAAUUGAAACCUAUAUGAGAAUUCUUUUAAAAUGGAGGUGAUAUAGCAAAUGGUCUGGAAAAACAAACUCCCUGAAGACUGUUUAGCAUCUGCAGCUCUGCAUUUUUAAAGUGCUAUAGGUGGUGACAAAAUGCAAUGUAAUUUUAUAUCUUAAUAACUAUUUAGGUUGUAAAUUUCAGCUAAAAAGGAGCAAUCCUUCAUCUAAGUCUGAAAAGGUCAUCCUUUUCCUGUAUUAAUGAUAGUUAAGAUUUUUUUAUAGAGAAUAAUUGGGUUGCUUUGGUUUGUUUGUCUUAUAGUAAAAUAAUUCAAAAAGUUAUACCAAGGUGAAGCUUAGUUAUAGUAACAUCUAAAAUUGGAGAGUUUUAUAACUAAUAAACAAUAUUUGGACCUAUGCAA